GCGGCGCAUUCUAUCUGAAAAACAGAACAACAACCAUUAUCAGUUUGUCAACAUCCAGCUAGUAAAAUCACUGCGCGUUAGGUAGGAGGCUGUAUUUAGCUUAGUAGUCAAAGUGUCACUUACUUUUAAUGACAAUAUAACCUGGUAUCAAUACGCUAAUAACAUCGCUGUUAACGUUAGCCAACGCUAACGUUAGCUAGCUUCUUGUGUUUUGGGUCGCACUCGUAAACUGUUCAAGUCUUAGUUCCUGCUAGCAAUUAAAUUCGCCGUUGCGGUCCGUACAGUCUACAGUAAAAUGCACGAACUAUGUUAUCCAACAACAUAUUUAUCUAAGUUAUUUGUCAUCUUUGCAUGCGAGCAUAAUUAUGCUAAGAUAACACUAACAGAGAAGAGGAACAAAUGUUUGAGGGCAGGCGAACAGUCGGAACGAUAUUUGUCAAACACAGGAAGUGUAGUAGAGGUCGCUGCAUGAUAAUAACGCACUAUUGCAACACAUCCAUACAUUGCACGCAUGAGUAUUUUAGUUGGUUGAACAGUGCUGUUUAGAAAGAAACGGUGGACACUGGAACCGAUAGCCUCCCAAGACAGCGGCAUGAGAUGGAGACAUUGAAGGCAAGUCAGGUCUUUGCUCCUGCAAAGUGUUCCAACUAGCUAUAUAGUGUGAUUCCACUGGGGGUGUGCAGAUACCGGCAACAUGCCCCUGUCAGACUUUCUGGACGGCCUGAAGGACAACCCAUACUUCGGGGCUGGCUUUGGACUGGUUGGGGUUGGGACAGCGUUGGCCGUGGCCAGGAAAGGUGCCCAGGUGGGAAUGAUCUUCUUCCGCAGGAACUACAUGAUCACUCUGGAAGUCCCCAGCAGGGAUAAGAGCUACCACUGGCUGCUGAGCUGGAUCACCAAACACGCCAAGCACACCCAGCACCUGAGCGUGGAGACCUCCUACCUGGCACAUGAGAGUGGACGGGUUCAGACACAGUUUGACUUCCACCCAAGCCCUGGGAACCAUAUCAUCUGGUACGGGAGGCGGUGGAUCAGGGUGGAGAGGACCAGAGAGAAGCAAAUGGUGGAUCUGCACACUGGAACCCCGUGGGAGUCUGUCACCUUCACUGCUUUAGGCAGAGACAGACAGAUUUUCUUUAAUAUCUUACAAGAAGCCAGAGAAUUGGCCCUAAAGCAGGAAGAGGGACGGACAGUGAUGUACACAGCCAUGGGUGCUGAGUGGAGGCCCUUUGGGUUUCCACGGCGACGCAGACCUCUCAGCUCUGUGGUCCUGGAGGGGGGCGUUGCUGAAAGGAUCGUAGAUGAUGUGAAGGAGUUCAUCGGAAACCCCAAGUGGUACACAGACAGAGGCAUCCCCUACAGAAGAGGAUACCUGCUGUACGGCCCCCCAGGGUGUGGAAAAAGCAGCUUUAUCACGGCACUGGCAGGCGAGCUGGGCUACAGCAUCUGUCUGAUGAGUCUGAGUGACCGCAGCCUUUCAGACGACCGUCUGAACCACCUCCUGAGCGUGGCACCGCAGCAAAGCAUCAUACUGCUGGAGGACGUAGAUGCAGCCUUCGUCAGCCGAGACCUGACUCCCACAGAGAACCCUCUGGCCUACCAGGGAAUGGGAAGACUGACCUUCAGCGGCCUGCUUAAUUCUCUGGAUGGAGUGGCUUCAUCUGAGGCCAGGAUAGUUUUUAUGACCACCAACUUCAUUGACAGGUUGGACGCGGCGCUGAUCCGACCCGGCCGUGUGGAUCUGAAGCAGUACAUUGGGAAUUGCACGCACUGGCAGCUUACACAGAUGUUCCGGCGGUUCUACCCAGACGAGCCUGCCUCUGAGGGCGAGCGGUUCGCAGAGCGUGCGUUGGCCGUCCACUCGGAGAUCAGCGCUGCCCAGGUGCAAGGACACUUUCUGCUGCACAAAAUGGACCCCGCAGGAUCUAUAGACAAUGUUGCCCAAUUAAUAUAACGGCAGGACUGCAAGGUAGUUUGGAAACUGAUUACUUAAUAAAGAGACAUUUUUUUU